GGUCGAGCCUGGGCCGUGGCGGCGGCGGCGGCGGCGGGCGCGGGAGCGAGUCCGCGGCCGGGAGCGGGAAUGUCGAGGAGUUCGAAGGCGGUGCUGGGCCUCUCGGUGCUGCUGACGGCGGCCACGGUGGCCGGCGUGCAUCUGAAGCAGCGGCAGGACCGGCAGAGGCUUCGUGAUGGAGUGAUCAGAGACAUUGAGAGGCAGAAUCAGAAAAAAGAAAACAUUCGUCUUUUGGGAGAACAGAUUAUUUUGACUAAGCAACUUGAAGCAGAAAGAGAGAAGAUGUUGGAAAGAGGAUCUCAAAAUACUUGACUAUGAAAAAUUGAUGGGGCAGUGCUGGGUUUAUGUGUAUAUAUGUGUGUGUGUGUUGAUAGAGAAUAGUUAGUGAAAGCUGUCCUUCCCCUCCCCCCCGUCACUGUCCACUUAAACUUUAUUAAAUAAAGGACAGUGAAUCCUGUCUUAAAUCA